AUGGAUUACACCCUCAUCAUUCUUUGGGUGUUCACCUGGGUGACAAUCAUUUUGAUUGUCCUUCGGCUGAUGGUACGGAAGUUGAAAGGAUUCCAGUUCGUCCUGGGCGAUUAUUUCGCAAUGGGCGCAAUUCUCUGUGCUCUCGUGCGCCUUGGCUUGGUCCACGUUAUUCUCAUCUGGGGAACCAACAAUAUGUCAACGAAGAUGAGGCAUACGCAUGAUUUCACUCCCGAGGAGAUCCGUCGCAGAGAGAUCGCGAGCAAACUUGUGCUCGCCAAUCGAGUGUUCUAUAAUUCCUAUCUCUGGCUGCAAAAGUCGGUUCUACUCGAUACCUACCGCAGACUACUCACCCACCUUCGCUGGGAGAAGGUCACGAUGAUGUCGUAUAUCGGUAUAUUCGCUGCGACGUACGCUGUCGUACAGAUUGUGACUUUCACCGAGUGCGAUCCAUUCAAUCAUUACUGGAUCGUAUUGCCGGAUCCCGGCGUAUGCUGUCAGGCACAGCUCCAAUUGAUCAUCCUCGGUGUCCUCAAUGUCAUCACCGAUAUUAUGCUUAUCGCCUUGCCGAUUCCAAUCCUGGUUAUGGUUAAACGAUCCACUAUGGAGAAAAUCCAGCUGGCAAUCCUCUUCGCCGUCGGCCUCUUCAUCGUCGCGAUCACCAUCGCUAGACUACCUCAAAAUGCCCGAAAUCCCACUGCGCAAGUAAACAGAACUACUUGGGCAUCUAUUGAGUUACUCGCCGCCGCUAUCGUAGCCAACGCUCCCGUCCUGUAUGGACUCCUAAAGGGUCAGAGACAAAGGUCCAAGCACGCCGCAUCAGAAGCCGUAUCAAGUGGGCCGUCGUGCCAGGGACUUCAAAAGAGAUCUGCAAACGGGCCUGAAUUCGAACUUCAAGGGACUCGUCACAGUAAGAGAGGGUCUGUUAUCGGUUCAAAGUUAUCGUCCAGAAAUUAUUUGGAGAUUGAUGGCGAGAGUAGUCAGUCGUUGACUCGAAGCCUGGAUAAAUAG